UCCACCAAUCACAUAUCCCAGUCCCUGAUAUUCAAGAUGGCGACCUCCUGUUCACUAUUUUAUGCGCCCCUGAGGCUCUGAGUAAAUAUUAUCGCAUACUUAAAUUAUUCAAAAUUUCAGACCAUUAUAAACGUUAAGGACUAAGAUUCCUUAUGUUAUCGACAGCAACAGCAUAUAUUUAUUUGGUUUUCCAAUGCUAACCAUCGACGUUGUCCCGAGUCUUGUAUCACACUGAAGGGGGAAACAGCAUUUUCGGCAUGGCCACCGACAGCAGAAUACAUUUUUGGAAACGAAACACGAAGGUGCCAGGGAGUCUACAGCCUGUAUAUGGGGCUCAGCAUCCUCCUCUGGACCCGCGUAUCCACCGAGCAUUUCUCAAAGACGCUCCAAAGUCAAACAGCACUCAGAAUGUCAAAUCCAAGAAGGCCUCUAGCUUCCUCGAGUUCGCACGGAGCACCAACGACGCCUGGGAUAUCGACGACGAGGAAGAUGAAGAUCUCCUCAUGGGCACUGCGCCUCCAGCCCCCGUGCCGCACUCUCGACCUGCAGUCUCCACCUUCCUCCCCACCCAGGCAGACAGCGACUCGGAGGCCCACCCCUCAGACACGCUGGGCCCACUCCGGAGCGAGCCGUGUCAUGACCAGCAGAUGACUGACGACAGAUCGACCAAUGGCAGGGUGAUGAAGUCCAAUAGUGACGCCCAGCUUAACACCUCCUCAGUCCGCUCCAGCCUGCAGAAGCAGCAGUCUCUGCCAGUGCGUCCCAUAAUCCCUCUGGUGGCACGCAUCUCUGAUCAGAACGCCUCCGGUGCGCCACCCAUGACCGUGCGGGAGAAGAGCCGCCUGGAUAAGUUCCGGCAACUUCUGGCCAGCCCCAACACUGACCUAGAGGAGCUUCGGAAGCACAGCUGGUCGGGGAUCCCUCGGGAGGUGCGGCCAAUCACCUGGAGGCUGCUAUCGGGCUACCUCCCUGCCAACAUGGAGCGCAGGGAGCAGGUGCUUCAGAGGAAGAGGGAGGAGUACUUCGGCUUUAUAGAGCAGUACUACCACUCGCGCACAGAUGAGCACCACAGAGACACCUACAGACAGAUCCACAUCGACAUCCCAAGGACGAACCCCUUAAUCCCUCUCUUCCAGCAGCCACUGGUGCAAGAGGUGUUUGAGAGGAUCUUGUUCAUCUGGGCCAUACGUCAUCCGGCGAGUGGCUAUGUGCAGGGCAUCAACGACCUCGUCACCCCCUUCUUCGUGGUGUUCCUGUCGGAGUUUGUGGAGGAGGAUGUGGAAAAUUUCGAGAUGUCUGGCCUGCCUCUGGACACUCAACGGAAUAUCGAAGCAGACAGCUUCUGGUGCAUGAGCAAGCUUCUGGACGGCAUACAGGAUAACUACACGUUCGCACAGCCUGGCAUUCAGAUCAAAGUGAAGGCCCUGGAGGAGCUGGUCAGCAGAAUCGAUGAGGACAUCCACAAUCACUUCAAGAGGUGUGAGGUAGAGUACCUGCAGUUUGCCUUCCGCUGGAUGAACAACUUGCUGAUGAGGGAGCUGCCCCUGCGUUGCACAAUACGGCUGUGGGACACCUAUCAGGCCGAGUCAGAGGGAUUCUCUCAUUUUCACCUGUACGUCUGUGCUGCCUUCCUCAUCAAGUGGCGCAAAGAGAUCCUCUCCCAUGUAGACUUCCAGGGUCAGCUGAUGCUUCUCCAGAACCUACCCACAAUCCACUGGGGCAACGAGGAAGUGGGACUGCUCCUGGCUGAAGCCUACAGACUCAAGUAUAUGUUUGCGGAUGCCCCCAAUCACUACCGGAGAUGAGUCCCUAUGCAAUGGCACAACGGCAUGGACCUGGAAGCUUGAAGUUUUUUUUAUUAUUAUUAUUAUUAUUCAUUUUGACUGACAAACCCUUAAAAUUGACUGGUGUGUUGGUAAACUAGAGAUGGUUCUGGUGAAAUGGGUGUGUGGGGUAACCUCACCACUCCUGUCAGCUGUGCCAUCUCCUCCCUCCCUACCUCCCUGUGGACCCCUGUGAUUUUAUUGUAGCUGAACCGGUCAUGUCAACAUCUGGAGAUCAGUCCAACGCAGUGCUACAGUAUUGAGCAGUGCUACAGUAUCGAGUGACUCCAACCAACACAACGGCGUGAAGGCCGCCGGCCUGACCACAGAAAUCCUCAAUGCAACAGUAUUGACUUUCUUCACACUCGGCAUGAAAAACCCCACGUGGAGGAGGGGUUAUUAGUGAUUGUUGGGGUGAAGAUGACAGCGCAAGGCGAUUGUGCCUUUGAUCGACCGGCCUGAACUCG